AUGGCAAAUGGGCAAAACGCUAUCAAACAUUUGCCCUUGCUACAUAAUCCUCUCCUCAAUGCCAUCUUCAACAAUCCAUUUCAUGCUACAUCCCCAACUAAGCACACUAUCCGCGAGAUAGCUGAAAGACACUCUGAUUUUACCAUUCUUGUCCCUCCUUCGCACGUCUUACGAAGCGGUCAAGACUCAUCAAAGAGAAAAUUGGCAGAUCUCUGCUACAAUGACGAUGAAUUUCUACGAUCGCACGUUAUUAUUUCAUCUGCUCCAUUCUCAGUCUCCACGGCACCCGUCUCGAAGGCCCAACUGAUUAUAUAUAAUACGAUGAACGGGCGACAAGUGCUUUUGCGAGGAGGAGCAAUCCUUACUGGCAAAAACUUCAAAAGCAGCAUUAGAGUCAAAAUUCUAUCGGUGGCUCAAUUUGUGUCAUUUUGUGAUUAUUUCCCAAAAGGAAGCAGGUUUCUACUACUAUUCAUCGAGGAUACCCUUCUACAUAACCUGCCGCAGGCGCAAAUUACUAAUACACAUGACCGGAGAUUGGCAGGAAUUGAUUUGAAUAUGAAUCAGAAGCAUGAUAUUACAUUCGAAGACCUUCUCAGAAACUAUCCCGUACUAUCUAAGUAUAUGUCACACAAGUUCUACACCUUAUUUCACCACAAUAAUCGAAAGUUGGAUAAGUUGCGGACCCGACAGAUAAUGAGUCCAGCAGAAAUUGCAAGUGAAUUUCGUACAAUCGAGUCAGAAGCUUUUGCAAUUAUACAAGACUGCGUGAAUUCUGAUUCAACAGAUGGUGAUCGCGUUUACACCAUUUUUGAUUCUGUCGCCGCGAAAAAUCCAAAAGUCGAUAUGAAUCAACUAAUUCACGAGUAUGUCGAGCUAAAUUUGUACGACAAAGUCUGGCUGCAACUCAUUUUCCAAUACUCCUCUGGCCCUGAACCUAGCUCUGGUGGUAGUCUGGGUCAAGCAAAAGUCCUAACCUCUGAAUUGUACAAAGAUUUGUCUUGCUUAUCGCUAAACCAAUUAGAUAUCCCCGUGCAAGACCCAUGGAAACUCAACGUUCUCCAGCGUCGCAUCACUGAAGCCAUCACUGUACUAAGUAAGCUCCUGAACAGUGAUGUCUCAAAGCAGAGAACUAAAAUCGCAAUAAUUGGCGAAGCAAUUAGUGCUCUCACAGGAAAAACAGAGAAAUCUCUACAAGAAGACUUGGUCAUUGAUGCCGAUACAUUCAUCGGUUUGUUAAUCAUGGUUGUUGUACAUUCUAAAAUCAACGAUCUCGAGGCUCACCUUGACUAUAUUCGGUUCUUUGGAGGUCACGGCUCAGGUACAGAAUUGAGUCAUCCGCAUCCGCAAACAAAUAAUCAGGGAUAUCUCAACUACGUCUUAAGCAAUUUUGAUGCCGUGAUAUACUUGUUGUCCUCCACCAAUGCCACAUCUGAGAAGAGUCAUGUGGAGAAUAUGAUUGCGGCAUCUGCAUUGAAUUAUAACUUUUGGUAUGCAAUUAAGACUGAAAACAUCUCGGAGUUGACUGUGGUUCUCGAAGCCGUAAAGCGAGAAUUCGGUGACAAUGAGCUUCCGAGAUCUCAUUUCUUGAAAAGUAAAAACAUUAACGGGGAAAGUUUUUUAACUUCAGCAAUAAAAACCAAGAACGUUAAUUUGUUUUCCAUUCUUUUUGAGCAAACAAGUUCAUGGAUCUCCUUCGAAGAGAUCAUGUUCGAUAGAAAUACAACUUCAGAUCAAAACUUACUCAUGAUCGCGUUGCAAGAAGAAGCUUCCGAAAUUGCUUCUGUUCUCAUCCACUUUUUCCAGGAAAAUGCGACAGAAGAAGAAUUGGUAUCUUACUAUAAUUCUUGUGAUAAGCACGGAAGAACUGUUGGCCAUUAUCUAUCCCACGAUUUGGUUGCUUUGAAGUUAGUGGGCUCCUACAUCAAUUGGGAUAUCAAAGAUAAUAUUCUUCAGACACCAUUGGCAGCGGUUUGUCGUUGCUAUGACCGGGCAGAUUACAAAGAACUCAUCAAGCAAGUUUUUGCUAUAGUGUUUGAACAAAAUGAUCGCGUCCUUACAUUUGAUAAUCACAUCGAUAAAGCAGGCAACUCUUUACUACAUGUACUCGCAAAAGGAUUACUGGAGUCAGAGCUAUUCUCAAACAGUUUAGCACUUGUUGAUGUCAAUCAAAUGAACAACAAACAAUUAACUCCAAUGUCACUGUAUGUUCGCUAUAGCAGAACUGAGAACUUGGAAAUCAUUUUGAGGCAGAAAUCUCUCGUAUUUGCCAUGGAGGAUCCAAAGCUAUUCUACAAUGUUUUGGAUUAUUAUAGCUUUUCUGCUAGCAAAUUGUCGACAGGAUCAAAUGGGGAUUUUCCAUUUAUUCAAAGUCUUAUCCUUCAGAGAUUUUUUUCUGAGAAUUUUUCAGCUGGACUGGAAAAGAAAAUCGGCUUUUUGAACUCUCGAUUCGAUAGUAAUUCCAACGAGUGGCUAAUCAAUUCCAUCUUUACCGAUCGAAUAUCGGAGCUGAGUUUCAAAUCGAAGUAUAUUUCGAUAGAAAAAUUAUAUCAGUUUUACCAUUAUCAGAAAAGGUUGCCCGCGAUCAUUUUCUUUCCUCAUCCAAGCGUUUUAUUGGAGUAUUUCAUGAAAGGUAAAAGUUCGGUUCCCAUGUAUCUCAAGUUUCGCAUGAAUCGCAACUUAGAGUAUCUCAAUGCUUUUUUGGCCUCUCUAAACUAUUUAGAUGAGGCGAUUCAGAAUGAGACGUUUGAUGCAUUCUCACAAUUUUUCCUGGACCAUCAUGAUCUCAAAUCAGAUUUUUUUAAGUGGAACAGAGACAUCGAGCAUCACAAUAUUGAGUGCAAGUUAACCCAUACUCAGAUUUCAGAAAUUGUUUACUUUGUCGAAUACUCACUGGAUGAUGUUCGAAAGUAUCUGCAUAUCAUUAAAAAGCUUCGGAAGCUCACAACUGUUUGUGGUCUUAAGCAAUGUGAACAGAGAAAUUUGUUUGACAGACUAUUACUCACCAUGACAAACAUUCGCAAUCUUGAAGAGAGUGCGUCUAUUGAGUAUAGGAAUGUUGACAGACCAUAUGCAAGGAUCGAGCCAUUCCUUCUAUGGCUAGAAAUGUGUAGUGAGGAAAUACUAAGGAACUGUGGUUCGUUAUUGAACAAGGUGACCCGAUGGAGAACAUCGUACAGCAAAAUCAAAGAACUCAACAACGAGCUUCACCAUAUUGAACAACAAAUUAUGGUGGUCAGCGACUCAAAUAAAAAGCUCCAGCAACCGGAAGCUAUUGCAUCACCACCUCUAUCACGACAGAAUUCCCUCUCCGUUGAUCUGGCAUUGACGGAGUCUGAAAUACCGGAUGAUACGUCCUUCUUCAAUUUUGGGUUGGUGGAUAGCAAGCGUGCAAGAUACAAGAAGCUUCUACUCUUGAAAGCAGAUGGAGUGAAACGUUUGAUGGAUCUAAAUUAUGAGAUCAAGCUGGAGCACGAGCAACUAGCAGCAUCAAUUUCACAAUUUAUCUCCUUCCGAACUGGCUACUUAACGCUUGCUUUAAAAUUACUAGUGAACUCGAAUCUCAAUCUGUUACGAUACAGAGUGUUCGAAUUAACAAAGUAUCGCACAGAGAUCUGGUCUUGUCCCUUGAGCAUAUAG